AUGCAAGAGACGGACAAGGCGAAGAAACUGAGGAUCCUCCGGCAGGUCACAGACUUCCUCUUCCGCAUCGAGAGGGCCCACUGGGAGUAUCUCGACCAGCAUCGCAAGGACAACCCAAGGCUGCCCUCCCUGCGCUUCGCCUCCUUUGCUAAGCACGUCUUCCUGCGCAUCCCCAUGCUCGCACCUCUCUCCAAGAUGGAGGACAUCGGCACGCUCCUCAAGCACUUCAGCCGCGUCAAGGCUGGCACGCGCUCCUGCGGUGCUAUCAUCCUGAACCCUUCCUGCGACAAGUGCGUCCUGGUGCGGGGGUUCAAGUCGUCAGCCUUCGGGUGGCCCAAGGGGAAGGUCGAGCACUGGGAGAGUGACGCUACGUGUGCCAUCAGGGAGGUACAGGAGGAGGUUGGACUUGACAUCUCCUCCCUCCUCAACGAGACCGACUCCAUCUCCCUCAAGCUGCAGCACAAGGACACCAACGGCAUCACUACCAGGAGCGUCCUCCGCCUCUUCAUCAUCCGCCCUGUGUCGGAAGACACGCCUCUGUGCUGCACUACCAAGAACGAGAUCUCGGAGAUCCGAUGGUUUGAUGUCAACCAGCUCCCGUCCGGCUCCUCUCUCGUAGGAAGGAAGGCCGACAACAGCUUCUGGCUCGUCCCUCCUGUUGUGAAGUCCCUUCGGCACUGGCUCAGGGUCAAGGCCCCGCGCGGCUGA